UCUGAGGAGGACCAGCUUCAAAUACCCAAGCUCCAAAUAUCCCACAUAACAUACAAUAGGCAAGUGGAUACGGAGAGAGUGCAUGAGAAAGGGAAAGACCAAUGGCCGCAGAACUUGCCAACAGCCGUUCGUUUCGCACCAGUUCCCAGUGUUCAGCUUCCGCCUACAUUUCCUCUUCACUCUCACUCCAGCGGUCACAGCUGGGGAAGGAAGCCACCUUGUGCAAGCCUAAGAUCCUCCUAAGACCACGAUGUCACUGCUGCUGUUUCUGUUGUCCUUGCUGUUGGAAGGGUCUCAAGGUCAGGACAGAAACUACUUCCUCCAAGUGAAGAGGAUUGUGAAGGUCCAGGAGGGUCUGUGUGUUGUCGUGCCCUGCUCUUUCCUCUCUCCUGAGAACCGCUGGCGUGACCCCACCCCAGCGUAUGGCUACUGGUUCAAAGGCAUCAGAAUAUCACCACCGAAGUUUGUAGUGGCCACAAAUGACAAAGACAAAAUGAUAGAACCAGAAACCCAGGGGAGAUUCCAGCUCGUGGGGGACGUCCGGAAAAAGAACUGCUCCUUGAUGAUCCAAGACGUGCGGUGGGGGGACUCCGCAGGCUACUCCUUCCGGGUGGAGCGCGGAGUGGAGAAAUUCAGUUUUCAGAAUGGGUUCUUUCUGCAAGUGGAAGUCCUGACUCACAAGCCAGAUGUCUUCAUUCCUGAGAUCCUGGAGCCUGGGCAGCCAGUCACAGCUGUCUGCUUGUUUCACUGGGCCUUCGAGCAAUGCCCAGUUCCUUCUUUCUCCUGGAUGGGGGCUGCCAUCCCCUCCCAAGAAACCAGACCACACACCUCCCCUUACUCGGUGCUCAGCUUUACUCCAGGACUUCAGCACCAGGAUACCGAGCUCACAUGUCAAGUGCACUUGCCCAGAAAGAACCUGCAGAGGACCGUCCGACUAAGCAUGGCCUAUGCCCCCAGAGAUCUUGCUAUCAGCAUUUUCCGUGACAAUGUGUCAGAAUUGCAUGGAAAUACCUCGCACCUGGAAGCCCAGCAAGGCCAGUCCCUGCGCCUCCUCUGUGCUGCCGACAGCCAUCCUCCUGCCACACUGAGCUGGAGCCUGGAGGACCGAAUCCUCUCUCGGUCCAGCCCUGUGGGCUCCAGAACCCUGGGCUUGGAGCUUCCCCGGGUGAAAGUUGGGGACUCUGGACACUACACCUGCCAAGCAGAGAACAGGCAGGGUUCCCAGCAACACACCCUGGAGAUCUCUGUGCUGUAUCCCCCAGAGGACCUGAGAGUGACUGCUUCCCAAGCAAACAGGACAGUAUUGGAAAUCCUCAGGAACGGCACCUCCCUCCCUGUCCUGGAGGGCCAAAGUCUCUGUCUAGUCUGUGUCACCCAUAGCAACCCCCCAGCCAGUCUGAACUGGACCGGGGUGGCACAGACUCUGAUCCCGGCCCAGUCUUCAGAGCCCGGGAUGCUGGAGCUGCCUCUGGUCCAGAAGGAACAUGAAGGAGAAUUCACCUGUGCUGCACAGAACCCACUGGGUGCUCAGCGCAUCUCUCUGAGCCUCUCUGUGCACUCCCCCCCACAGAUGCCCAGAUCAUCCUGCUCCUGGGAAGCUGAGGGUCUCCACUGCAGCUGCUCCUCCAGAGCCUGGCCCACCCCCUCCCUGCGCUGGCGACUGGGGGAGGGGCUGCUGGAGGGGAACAGCAGCAAUGCCUCCUUCCAGGUCACCUCCAGCUCCACAGGACCAUGGGCCAACAGCUCCCUGAGCCUCCAUGGGAUGCUCUGGCCCAGCCUCUGGCUCAGCUGUGAGGCCUGGAACAUCCAUGGGGCUCAGAGUGCCUCUGUUCUGCUCCUGCCUGGUAAGGAGAGUUCCACAGCCUUCUCCAAGGGAGCACUCUUGGGCUUUGGCAUUACAGCUCUCAUUGCCCUCUGCCUCAUUAUGAUCAUAGGUCAUUUCCUCAGCGUGAAGACCCUACAGAAGAAAGGAACGCAAGAGGAAGCCUCCAGACCCAAGAUCUCACGGGGCAGCACAAUCCUGGAUUACAUCAAUGUGGUCCCCAAGACCAGGCCCCUGAACGGAUCCUAGUCUUCGCUCAACUCCAGCUGCACACCAUAGCUUUCUUCACGACCUCCUCUGAUUCUGUUCUUGUCCUUCCUGCACCUGGCAUCCUGUAGAAACCACACCGGCAUACCUUUCCUCUGGAAUGCUACGCAGACAGAAAAAGGAACAAACUCUUGAUGCACAAGACACAUCACACAAAUGAAAAGUCUCUGAAUGUUACAUACCACAUGAUUCCAUUUAUCUCUCAUUGGCAAAGCUACAAAAUUACAGAGAUAAAAGGCUGGAAACAUAGCUCGGCUGGCAGAGUGCUUUCCUAGCAUGCACACAUCCCCAGCCCAGCAUGAAAGUGCGCACAGUGGUGCCUGGCAAACACUAGUGGAGACAGGAGGGUCGAAAGUGCAAAGUCAUCUUGGCUGUAUAUAAAAUUCAGAGUUGACCUGAACUACACGACACAGAUCAUGGGUGAACAAAUGCUUGUGGUUAGGGGGAAAGCAUUCCCUGAGUGCAGGACAGGGUCCUGGAUCUUGGCUGUGGUGGUCACGUGUGUCUACCUGCACUAGCAGGAGGAGCAGUCUGGACCUGGACUUAUUCACACAGGGAGCAGCCUUGAGGCCAGGCAGAUUCCUGCACCCCUGAGCAUACUCAGAUAAAGAACAUACUCCUGAGUAAGUUCAGUUCAGGAAAAAACCUCUGAGAAUGAACGCCCAGUUCAGGAGCACAACCCUGGGCAUGCCCAGCUAAGGCUACAGUCCUGAACAUUAAGAAGCACACCCCUGCUCAGUUUAAGGUCAUAAUUCAGGAAGAAAACCUGGCAGAAAUGCCUCUGGGCACGCUCAGACUUGCCUAUAAAAGCUGACAGGAGCACUUUGAAGGGGGGCUAGUAUAGGAUUCUCCCCUAGAAGGCAGGUAACGACGCACACUGUGUAGAAAUCGGCGUCCUUCUGUGAAUACUGCAUCCCUGGAAAACUGGGGUAAGGGCACAGGGUUCUCUGUGGUACUUCUGUGACUGUGUACUUUUCAGGAAGGCUCUCAUGUAGCCCACGCUGGCCUCAAAUUUCCUCCGUAGUCAGGGAUUUUCCUGAAUAGCCAAGGACAACUUCAAACUUCUGAUCCUCCUGCCUCCACUCUCAGAGUGCGGUCAGAGCAAGCAUGUGCUACCGUGCUUGAUUUAGGUGGUGUCAGGGUGGACUCCAGGGCUCUGUGCAUACUAGGCAAACAGUCCACCCUGAGCUACAUCAUUGGCUCCACUGUUGACACUUUUGCAACUCUUUGAUCAUUCCAAAAUGGAAAGUUGAAAAAAAAAUCACAAAUCAAAACACCUCAAUUCCUAUUAAACCCACCAUCGAUCACGUCUUUGGAUUUCCAAAGUCAUCGCCAGGGACUUUGAGGUAGAGUGCUUUGCCUUGUCUUACCCACAGAGGCCAUAUUGCUUUUUUAAUUUUUCAAAUUUUAAUAUUUAUUUGGUAUUCUUUAUCAGCAUUAUUAUCGGGGAAUGUGCAUGCACGCUGCGAUGCACAUGUGUAGGUCAGAGGCUGACUUUCAGGAGUCAGCUCUGUCUUUAAUUUCAGGUUCCAGAGAUGGAACUCUAGUCUUCCAGCUUGCACCCCAAGCACGUUCCUCACCACGGCAUCCUUUCAUCUCCCACCUUGUUCUUCCUUAAGCGGAGACCCCAGACCCUGUUCAAAUACUUGACUUUGUUGCCUUCCUUCAGAGAGUUUAUCACAGAAACCGCACGGUUCCUGGCUUCAUUUAAUACUCUUUGCUUGAUAAUCACCCUAUCAAAGAUGUCACUUAUUAUUGGCAUUUGUAUCUAUCAGACGUGUCUAUUUAUAGGUACAAUGUGCCACAGUACUCAGACAGUGAGGUGAUCAAAUUGGGGCAAUUAGCAUAUGCUCUCUACCCCAGGAUUAUUUCAUCU